AACGUAAUUACUACUCCACAGACUCCGUACAUUGAAAUUGAAUUCCGCGACGCCCCCAAAAAACGAAUCAAACGCAAUCUCUCACUGGACUGUGACGCCAACGAUAACGAAACUCGCUGCUGUCGGUAUCCGCUGACAGUCGACUUUGAGAAGUUUGGCUGGGAUUGGAUCAUAGCCCCGAAGCGCUACGAAGCAUCCUACUGUGCUGGCGAGUGUAUGCUGAGCUUCCUGCCCAAGUACGAACAUACUCACGUGAUGCAACUGAGCACUUCGGCAAUACCGUGCUGCUCCCCGAAGAAGAUGAGCCCGAUCAAGCUGCUGUACUUUGACCUGAGCUAUCGCGUAAUCUACAGCACCAUACCGAGCAUGAUUGUGGAAAAGUGCAGUUGUUCCUAGAACUUGUUCGUGCACUGACUUAGGAUAACUACGUAGAAUCAAUGGUUUACCAGUAAGAAAGCAAACGUUAAAAACCAAGAAUUAAUGAGUCUGAUUUGGGAUCUUCUAUUCGAGUAACAAAAAAAUUGUAUAUCUAGGAAGCAAACAUCGUGCUGGUGAAGUAUAUUUUCUCUCACGACGGGUGAUAAACGAAAUUUAACAAAUCAACAAUCGGCAUUUAGGCCUACUCGACUUAAAACUUUAUCUGGAAUAUGCGUUUGGACGGAUUUUGUGUGAAAGUACCAUUUGACCGUGAAACUUGUGAUAACAGUUUAAAAUUGCAAAAAUAAUCGAAAUAAAUUAUUUUUUUUUUUUUUGGAAAAUACCAUAAGUGGAAAUCCUUUACAGGUAACUGGUCUAGUUGUGUACUAAAACAAGAUACUAGAUAAAAUAGAGCACAGUAAUACAAAAAGAAAAUAAACUCAAAUAAUAAUAAUAUCUAACUAAAUAACUAAAUUAGCUGAGAUAACGCAAAAAUUCGGAUUUUGUGUGUUCAAAAUUGUACAUAAUGAGCAGGAUGCACCACAAAUUUUAUCUCGAACAGGUAAACACGAAUUAAUUGAUAAGUUUAGGAACUAAGACAUAAAUAAAUCUAACCAGUAAAA